GUAAUGCCCUCUUCGUGCAGUGGCUUCUUUUUCUUUCACCAUCGUCAGCUCCCGUGGGUUAAGCUAGACCUCCUAUCAAAAUGCCGGCUAUAGCUUUUGGACGGUUUGAUGAUUCUUUCAGCGCCAGCUCUCUGAAGGCCUACCUCGCCGAGUUCAUCUCCACCUUGCUCUUCGUCUUCGCCGGCGUUGGCUCCGCCAUUGCUUACAACAAGUUGACGGCGGAUGCUGCACUUGAUCCGGCUGGGCUUGUGGCGGUUGCGGUUUGCCAUGGACUGGCUCUGUUUGUGGCGGUUGCUAUCGCCGCCAACAUCUCCGGCGGCCACGUCAACCCCGCUGUUACUUUCGGGUUGGCAGUCGGCGGCCAAAUCACCGUCAUCACCGGCCUCUUUUACUGGGUUGCUCAACUCUUGGGCUCCAUUGUUGCUUGCUACCUCCUCAAAAUCGUCACCGGCGGCCUGGCGGUGCCAACCCACGGUGUGGCGGCCGGCGUGGGAGCCAUUGAAGGAGUUGUGAUGGAAAUCAUUAUCACUUUUGCUUUGGUGUACACGGUGUACGCCACCGCGGUUGACCCCAAGAAGGGAUCUUUGGGAACAAUUGCCCCCAUCGCCAUCGGGCUCAUCGUCGGGGCCAACAUUUUGGCCGCCGGCCCAUUCUCCGGCGGGUCAAUGAACCCAGCCCGCUCCUUCGGGCCGGCAGUGGUCAGCCUCGACUUUGCCUGCAACUGGAUCUACUGGGUCGGGCCUCUCGUCGGCGGUGGCCUUGCCGGCCUCAUCUACGCUAACGUCUUCAUGUGCCAUGAACACGCCCCGCUAUCCUCCGAUUUCUAAGUUUUCUGAAUAUGUUUGGAAUUUCGCAUUUGAAUGCUUGAUCUGAGAAGUUCACUUUCCAUUUCCGUUUUGUAAUAAAGCUAGGGAAGAAGAUUGAAAUGCAGCAUUUUUGGCUCUUCUUCCCUUUUUUGCUUUCUUCUUCUAUCUUCUGGUUUGGACUCUGGAGCUGUACAUUAUGCCUCUCAUCUUCUGGUGAAAACUUGCUUUAUUAUGUUAAAGAUGCAUUCAUUCCCCCAUUGUAUGCUUUCAAUGGAAAAUAAAUCCUUCAAAUGACAUUUCCCUUUGAUAA